UUUUAAGACCACCUUCUCAAAAAGUAACCUAUUUUUCCUCUCUCUCUCUCUCUCUCACAAGAACACUCACAACACCUUUAUCUCUUUUCUCUCUCUUCAUUUAUCUCUUUCUCUCUCCAUUUUUUUUUCUCUUCCUCUUGGUGCUAUGGAUACUGCUCAGUGGCCACAGGAUAAUAUUACAAGACCAGCAGCUGAGAAAAAGCCAAGGCCCGAAAAGGAGCAAGCUAUCAACUGUCCGAGAUGCAGCUCAACAAACACAAAAUUCUGUUAUUACAACAAUUACAGCCUUUCUCAGCCGAGGUAUUUUUGCAAGACCUGCAGAAGGUACUGGACACAAGGCGGCUCACUGAGGAAUGUUCCGGUGGGCGGCGGCUCACGGAAGAACAAAAGGUCUUAUAACUCUUCAUCAUCAUCGCCAUUGGCCAAGAAAGCGGCCUCGAUUGGGCUUGGGCCCGAAAGUCUCGGCCCAGAAAAUUUCUCCGCUCCAAACCCUAAUAAGUUUUUCGGCCAUGAGGGCCAGGAUCUGAACCUGGCCUAUAAUCCGGCCCAAUACGGCGUCGGGUUGUCAGAGUUUGUCGGUUAUGAUGUUCGGCCUGAAAACCCUAAUUUUACUUCUUCGGCGCCGGUCAUGGAGCUUUUGAAGGCGGGGAAUUAUGUGGGCCAGAGCCCGGUUUACGGAUCAGCUGGUGGGCUUGUUUCGGGUGAUGGGCUUGAGAUUGGUGGGCUUUUGGGCCAUGUGAAUGGAACAACGUCAUCAUCGUCAUCAAGGAAUUUUGGCCUUUUUACUUUUGGUGAUGAUCAUCAUGAGAGGCAAGGGGAUGAGCAAUUUGAGGAUGGUAAAGGUGAAGCAAAUGGGUUUUGGAGUGGGAUGCUAGCUGGAGGCACAUCAUCAUGGUGAAAAAGGAAAAAUUAUGGGGGAUUAAAAAAUAAGAAAUUAAUUAUUAGUAAAUAAUGACGAUCAUGAUUUUCAAGAGAAUUAAAGCUCUUGUGGAGAUUAUUUUGUGUGUUUUAUGUCUUUCUUUUUUUGGGUUUUUUUGGUGUUGAUUUGGUUUAAUUAUCUUACAUGGUGAGGGAUUUGUGUGUGCUUUGAUGAUUUGUUUUGUUUUGUAUUUCUUUUUCAUGGCAUGGUGUGAUCAGAUCAGAACUAACAGAUAGGUUGUUUGCACGUGUUGUUUAUUUUAUUUUUACUGAUUUGUUUUCUUUUUCAUCACACUUCUUGGUAUUGGGUUUCUUUGUGUUGUUUUUGCAGGAUUUUGCUUGCUUUCAUGUCUUCUCAAAUAAAAAU